CCCAUGCGAAGUUUGAAGUCCUGUGGCUCUUGGAGCAUUUCAACGAACGCUUGACUACCUACCUAGAUAACUAGUGGCGGCCGCAUGCGACUCCCUCGCGCCCCUGCCGCCCCGGGUUCCCCCAGCGGCCCCCCGUCGCUCGACUCAUCACUCGACAGUCCCUCGAGCAUGACCAGCUCGGGCAUGUACCGCGACUACACCACCAUUUCUCCGCAGCUCGCCGAGCCCGAGAUCUUCGAUCCCCAUUCCUACACCGGCGCCUAUGGCUAUGGCGCCCACCAGGACCGCUUCGCACCACCACCACCCCGCCCCGCCUCCGCCAUGAAGCGCAAGACAUCAUACAGAAGACAGCCUCGCAUCGCAACCCACACGACGAACGAAACGGAAAUUCCAAAGAACAGCCAGACUUACCACCAAUCAGUCCACCAUUCCGGUACUGUUCCACGAGUGAGUGUCCGGUAUAUAUGGUCGGGCAGAAUGAAGGCGGAUACGAUACACAGGACCAGUUCAACGGCAAAACAUUCGCUACAUGUUACUCCGUUUGAUGGAGGUCCUGCGGGUUCACCUGCUCCCCCGCGUGCGUGGUUUGCGACGCCGGCCUGUGCAGUGCGCGGUGGUUCCUCGUUGCUGAAUGGGGAGUCCGGUACAGGGAAAUUUUCCAUCCUCCGCCGCUGUCCCGGGUGGGGUAUGUGCUGCUACGUUGGGGGUAGAGUCCUCCUCCGUGCGGUGGUGCAAGCCCCCAGUCUCCAUGCCGAUUUUGUGAUUGUGUGGCAGAUGUUAUGGUUUUGUGGCAGGUUUCGGGAGAGCUUGUAUAUACCCGUUCGCAGUUUUCAGUGUUGAAAUCUCCCGUUGGACUGGCGGGAUGAGAUGAUGGGUUGGGUUGGGUCGACGCUGGAGACGGCUGCUUAUAUAUAAACAUUUUUGCGAGGGCGUAAAUCCUCCUUCAACUUCAUGGCUAGCUGUGCUUGAAGGAUCGAGUUGAAACUUUG